AUGGUCGCCCAACCUACGCACUGGCAGCCGACAAAGAAGCCAACCAUGUGCCGUAGCCGCGGGUUAGCGGCCGGCGCAGCUGCGGGCUGGCGGCCGGCGCAGCCGCGGGCUGGCGGCCGGCGCAGCCGCGGGCUGGCGGCCGGCGCAGCCGCGGGCUGGCGGCCGGCGCAGCCGCGGGCUGGCGGCCGGCGCAGCCGCGGGCUGGCGGGGCUGGCGGUCGCCGCAGCAGCCGCGGGCUGGCGGUCGCCGCAGCAGCCGCGGGCUGGCGGUCGCCGCAGCAGCCGCGGGCUGGCGGUCGCCGCAGCAGCCGCGGGCUGGCGGCCGUCGCAGCCGCCGCGGGCUGGCGGCCACCGCAGCUGCUAUCCAUGGGCUGGCGCCCACCACAGCCGCGGGCUGGCGGCCGCCUCUGCCGCUAUCUACGGGCUGGCGGUCGGCACAGCCGCCCGAUGA